GUUCUGCACUGUUAAGCACAGCUAGAACCGGACUGUCUAAAGCCUCUUUGGUAUUAGAAGAGCAAGAUAAUCUGCAGCCAUGUUCCAGUUGAUCCCCAUUUUCAUUAUGGCUGGUUUGAUGACCGUAAGUACUCAGGAUAUAUCCGAGCAAAGUCGGCCUUCUGUAAACACAAGGUGCUGGACAGAGUGGUUUGACCGGGACAACCCGUCUGGAACGGGGGACUGGGAGAUCCUCACGUCGCUGCGCAACGAGAACCCCGGGAAGAUCUGCCCCACGCCAGUAGGCAUCGAGGUGGAGACCACCACUGGCCUCAGUAUUGCUGCGGCAGGGGAGGUGAUUGCUGUGGCUGACGCAACCACAGGCUUUAUUUGCAAGAACAAAGACCAACCGGAUCAGACAUGUUUGGACUAUCGUGUACGUUUUGUCUGCCACCCACCGUUUUGCAACCAACACAUUUGCUGGAGCAAAUGGUUGGACCGGGACAACCCAGGUGGGACAGGGGACUGGGAGACACUGAGCCAUCUGAGGAUACAAUACCCGGGGUCCAUCUGCGAUGAACCUCUCUACAUAGAGGCCGUCACUGUAGACACUAUGACCCCAGCAUUGGCUACAGGGCAGAACUUCUUCAUCUUCAAUCCAACCACUGGGUUUGUCUGUCGCAACUCUGACCAGACCAAAAGACGGUGUCUUGAUUACAAGGUACGCUUUGGAUGCUGUUGUGAUCCGGAAACUCCGAUCCGACCCGGUCCGAUCCGAGGUUAGCCCUUUAAUAAGGCUAUACAAUAAUGGAACUGGAGGCCGUCGCCACUCAGGGAGACGUCUCCGAGGCCUUCUACCAAGAAAUGCUGAUGGACAGACAACUUGCCUGUUGGGGACCCAGAAGAGGAAGCUGCUGCGACAGCAACAGGGGGCCACGUUGGCUGAGCUCCAGUGAUACUUAGAGACAGUUGAAAUAAAAAAAUUCUAUUUAGGUUUAUUUUCCAGUAUCUGCAAGAAUGUUUCCUUUAUGAAGAAUUCAGCCUGCCAGAGGGUUUCCUUUCAGUGUAUGCUUUUGAGUUUUAAAAGUCCCCCUUUAACUUUUAUGUUUUGGAUUUAAAAAAAAGUCCCUGUUUCACUUUUACUUUCAUUAUGUGCUUUUGAGUUAAAAAGCCCAUGUUGGGGCUAUACUCCCUCAUUCCAGAAAUUAUACAAAUGUCCUGUGUUUUGGAGGGUGGCGAGAAAUAUAUGAGAUCUGCUACAUUAAGGGAAGAUAAGACCAUAGACUGGCCUUGGAGAGAGUUAUGUAACCUGGAGCAUAGCUGCUCAGGGUAUCAUCCUUUCUUUGCCAGAGACGAGUGCUCUUCAGCUAAGGUAAUAUUGGGACCCUGGGAAUAUGUAUUUUAUGUCUACUUUGUAGAUAUACAAUAACUACUUUGUGUAUCUUGGAAUACUAGAAGGAUCACGCUGGGCUUUGGUCGGUUCUCAUAGUUCGGACAGGACCUUGAACAUAGAAUUACUACCCGAAACUUGUAGAAGCUUGGGUUAACCCCGUUAAUCCCGCUAGGGGAAGGAAGGAAAAUAAGCCUGCCUCAUGGACAUAUCCGUUGUCAUGGAGAUCCAUGUUUUAUGUUUUUGCCUACCCUUUAAUUUUAUCAUUUAUAUCUUGUGUUUAGAAAUAAAUAUAUUAACUGAU